AUGUUUGCAUCCCGCCUGCUGCUUGUGCUUUGCCUCGUCCUGUUGGCUGGAGUGUGCUAUGCCGAAAGUGUCAACCAUCGCACGGAUGCGGUGUCGCUAAAGGAGCUGUGGAAACGCCGAAAGGGAGGCGGAGGGUCCGAUAGCGACAGUAGCUCUGGCUCUGGAUCAGGAUCUAGUUCUGGAUCAGACUCCGACGACGAUACCGCCGACGACUCAUCCGGAUAUACAUACGGUCAAGUCCCAGAAGACGACGAUGUCUGGUAUAGCUGCCGGCGACCGAUGAACAAAACACGCCUGGCCGAAAACGCGCGGGGCUAUGGGGGCUGGUAUACCGUUGGAAAUGGACAAGAGAAUAGCACACAAGGCGGCUACACCGCGAAAGGCUCAGGGUCCGCCCCCCACUGGGACAACAGUUCCGGAUCAUGGUACUACAACAAAUACCCAUCAUCUCUAGACCCCCCAGAGACCCUCUCCUACACGGGCGGGGCAGCAGUACCCUACCUCUCUGGCAAAGUCUCGCCGAACGGCGUCUCGCCACAGAAAUUCAAUAACCUGCCCUACACCCCAGACCUGGAGGAAUAUCCAUCGGGUUACGAGUGUACGAUCCCGACAACGAACUACGCAUAUAAAUACGAGGCUGAGUUCAAGUGGACCGAGUCGGAUUACGGGAGUGAUGACUCCGGUGCGUCGCACAGUGCGCCGAUAUACUGCUGCUGCGCGCUGGACUCGCUAUGCGGGUGUGACGAUUUCCACGGGAACUCGAGCUUUGUGCUGGCGAUGCUGCAGAAGGAGAUGGAUACUACCAGUCCGCAGAAUAGCACGCAAGUCUGUGCAAUCGAUAUCGAAGGCGAGAGGACGAUUCUCGUUUCGGGGACGCUGCAGAACGGGUCGACCAAGGCGGAUGGGAAGCCGGAAUAUCUGACUGAGACGAUUUCGACGACGGGGUUGACGAGGUGUAUGCGGGCUACGGGGGCGCCUGAUGAGAUUUCUAUCGCGGGGAUGCAAGUGCUUGGGGGACCGUCGCAGAGGGCGUUUGUGCUUGCUUGGGUUGGGACGGUUGGGGCUGGGGUUUUGGUUGGGAUGGGGGUUGUUUUGUUGUAA